AUGCAAACUAAGCGAAUCCGAAGAGAAUCAGCUCCCUAUACCAAUGCUUCAUCGCCCACAGGCCGCUGUUUAAUUAUCAACAAUUUCGACUUCUACCCGAGAAUGCCGAACCGUUAUGGCACAGUACACGAUGUCGAUAGACUAAAACGAGUGUUUACAAGAUUCAAGUAUAUAGUAUGUGUUAAGAAUGAUCUGACUGCUGGAGCUAUUAGAAAAACAUUGACUGAAGAAAGUACUCAAGAUCAUGCUGACUCUUUCGUUCUGGUGAUUCUCUCUCAUGGUGCUGUAGAUGCUGUCUAUGGGGUAGAUGGAAAAACAGUACCGUACAAAGAGAUAUACAACUACUUCAAUGGAGAAAACUGCAAGAAACUAGCUGGCAAACCCAAAAUCAUCAUAUUCCAAGCUUGUCAAAGCAGUAGGGAGGAUGAUGGCGUUACAUCACAUGAGCGAUCGGUUGAUUGUUCAGUACAACAGGUGGAAGCAGACAGCUCUGCUGCAUCUCUACCUAUGGCAGAUUUCUUGAUAGGAUAUGCCACGACAGAAAAUUAUUCAGCACAACGUGUAAUAAGUGCAGGGACCUGGUUUAUUCAGGAAAUGCUGAACAUCUUUGAGAAGCAUGCAGUCGAGGAGGACAUCCUCACAAUGUCUUCGAAGAUCAACGCUCUUGUUGCAGACAGAUCAAUUUCGACUGGCGAGAAACAAAUGCCAUAUUUCCGAUCUUCAUUGAGAAAGAAGUUUUAUUUCAACCCCCCGGACAUUGAUGCCAUGAAUAUUUGAAGUGUCGUAAAUGUCGAAUUGUUUACGUUUCAAUGACCAAAUGACUAUGUGAGUCCCCUGCAGCCAUGCAGAACACUGAGCAGUUGAUGAAACACUCUGUACAAGUCUACAAAUCCGUAGCAUUUUUGAAACUUUAAUCAUUGGAACCUAUUUUACUGGUCGGCAACAGGGAAUUUAGUCGUUCACAAACCGAGCCGUUCGCGAGGAGGAUUGGAUCAGAGGGUUCAUACUCGAUAUUUUCCAACAAUGCCAACGUCUGUCCUCGAGUCGGCAUUUUUCACUUCAAAAUUUCUACCGCUAGUUUUGGUUUUAUUACCUAACAAAAAUUCAAAACAACCAAGAAGUGAUUAUGACAUUAGUUGCCACCAAUAUAUUAGUUCAAAUAUUUUGAAUACUGAUUUUGAAUUUAUAGCCAGCUAGUUUUGUUGCAGCCCUAGAAAUAUAGGCACGAUCAGCAAUAAUGUCGCAUCACUUGGAGAAUAUGAAGUUGGAACCCUACCUGCCAAACCCCCUUGAGCCAUUUGUAAUAUCUCCAAAUAAACGAGUUCACCAGUUCAAGACAUUUAAGGCCAGGUGAUAUGGAUUGGUUCAUCUGUACAGAUUGUAAAUGUGAUUGGAAAACUGAUUAUUACAUUAUUAAUAAUGUAAUAAUCAGUUUUCAAAUCACAUAUGUUUAUUUCAUCCACCAGAAUUGGUGAGUUUACGUCUAGUAGCAAUGAAGGUGAAACAAGUCAGGGCGUGUUCAGUGAAAAACUAAAUAUGU